UGUCAGUUUAUAAAAAAGCAAAAUUCGUAAGAUGAAUGAAACUGCUCACAAAGCAUUAAAUUUUAUUUUGGCAAUAUUUGUAAAUUACUCGCUCCAUUUUUUGACAUAUCUCAUCUUCUGCAGGGACGCCGAAAAAUCCUGUGUGAUAUUUCCAUAAUAAUAUAUUUCUGGAAGAAUGGAUAAAUUCACUAAUACCCCCAAGGAAGUUGAUAACUACGUAGAAAUCCUCAGCAAGCAAUUGUAUUUCGCUGUACUCAAAGAUAAGCAGAUUGUUAAAUUAAAGAACAACGCUACCACGUUGUUUUUCUGUAUCGAUGAUGAACUGCUUUAUGAAAAUUAUUACAACGAUUUUGGUCCUUUGAACAUCUCCUGCUUGUAUAAGUACAGCUACAAACUGAAAAAAUAUCUUCAAUUUGCUAAUGGUACCAAAAGCGUGGUGCAUUAUACUUGCGAUAAUCCUGAGAGAAAGACAAACGCUGCUUGUUUGAUGGGGUGUUUUUGUGUGAUGUAUCUCAAUUUUCAUCCCAAAGAGAUAUGGUGCAUUUUGCAAGAAAUGGGGCCUUAUAAACACUACUUGGACGCCUCCCAGCAAAUAUGCGGAUUUAACCUAAAAGUCCCGGACUGCAUUCAAGCCAUGCAGAAAUCAGUGACGUACAAUUUUAUCAAUUUCGACGACUUCAACGUCGUCGAAUACGAUUUGUACAACAAGCUCCAAUACGGCGACAUGAAUUGGUUGCUUCCCAGGAAAUUUUUGGCUUUUAUCGGUCCCGCUGACAACAACACAGCUCAUCCACCGGAAUUUUACGUUAAAUAUUUUCUUAAAAAUGACGUGAAGACUAUUAUCAGGCUGAAUAAUCCGUUAUACAAUCCUCAGGUAUUUACUCAGCUUGGUAUUCAACAUUUCGAUCUAAUAUUUCCCGAUGGCUCGACUCCACCAAAAGAAAUUUUGUUGAAGUUUUUGACGAUAGCUGAAAUGGCGCCCGCUGCCAUUGGUGUUCACUGUAAGGCUGGCCUAGGCAGGACCGGUUCAUUGAUAGGAGCGUACAUUAUCAAGCACUAUAUGUUAACUGCUCGAGAAGCCAUCGCUUGGAUGCGACUCUGUAGACCUGGUUCGGUAAUAGGACAGCAACAGAUGUGGUUAGAAAAGCUGGAAACGUGGUUGUGGAAAAUGGGAAGUCAAUACAGGGUGCGUCAAUAUGGUGCCGACAAGAUACCCAAACAUAAAUACGGAGUGUACAGCAAAGAGUGGCCCACAGAAAGAGAAAGGAUAAUUUGCGAUGCAAGAAGAAAGAUCCAGGUUACCUUCACCAACUCGCAAAUGGAGAAAUUGUCCAUGAAAAAGCAAGUUUCAUCUAGUAUCGACUCCUUUACUAGAUCGAUCCAGUGCUCGAAAAAAGCCAUCCCGCCCGAGAAAUCCUUCAAAAGCCUCGUCAAGUUCGUCACCGAAGCCCGAUCCCAAAAAGCCACCCAUCUGGGACAGGAAACCAAAAAAUUGGGUAACACAUUCCCCCAAAACUCGGCCGGUGGGUACAAAUCUGACGCGCACGGCAGCAACCACCACAGGAAACCGGAAAAAUCUCAAACGUCAAAUUUAGACAAGCAACACAAACAAAUGACGCAAGGGGAUAAGCUGAACCGAAUAAAGGCGACGUGGGAGAAUAAGACAUACGACGAUAUGUAUAGGCCCCAUUCAGAGAAUCAAAAAUACCGCGGUUUUAUGGGUACCGUAUCUUAAUCUGGAUGUUACUCACGGUUUACAAAUCUAAGUUGUUUUUUGGCAUCUAAUUUGUUCAUUCAACAUGUUUUUGGUACUUACAAACUAACAAUCCAACAGUUUGCAAUCUGACGAAUUUCACUGCUUAGUAUUUAACGUAUAUACUAGCUGUAAGUCAAUAUUUACAUCUUCCAGUAAGUCAAGUGAAUCCCUCUCUAGGAAAAUACUGUUUCAUAGCUCGUUUAAAGUCAGGCUGGUAGCCUGUUAGACUAGCAUAUAAUAUUGAACUGAAGCUAGUAGUAAAUUAAGGUGUACACCUAGUUGUACUAGAGACAAUAAUUUUUCCCACAUAAGGCUCGUGCUAACCAGUAUAAGUUAUGCUUAAAGGAUUGUUUGGCAGUAUAACACUUUCUUAUCAGUAAUUCAAUUUUCAUAUGGCUUAUUAAUUCAAGACUAAACACUCAUCAAAUAUUUGUACGUCAAGCUUAACAGUUCAUUUAAAAAUAAGGUAAAAGCUGUUACUCAGCUCACAUUGAGUCAUUUUAUUACUACUAGCAGUAAGCCUAAGGGACUAAAAACUUUACCACUAAUUCAAUAUUUAUAAGGGUUAGUAAGUCAAGCUUCACAUCAUUCUUGUAAGUCAAACUUCACAUCUCAUUUAAAAAUAAGGUAAAACUGACAUUAAGUCUGAUUACUCAGCUCACAUUAGGUAAAUUUAUUACUUCCAGCAGUAAGUUGGCAGUACGUCAAAGAGUCUAAAAUCCUACCAGUAAUUCAAUAUUUGUAUGGCUUAGUAAGUCAAGUUCACGUUUGCAUACAGUUAGGCUCCAAUACUUUAGGCUUCGCAGCUUUCAGAAAUUCAUAAUUACCAGCUACAGUAAUAAUAUUUCCUAGUUACCAGUAAGAGUGUUUAGUACAAGACUAAACACUCACCAACUCAUUGCAAGUCAUUUAAAAAUAAGGUAAAACUGAAGCUGACAGUAAAAGUUACUCAGCUAACAAUAAGUCAACUAAUCUCUGCUAGCAGUGAGUUAAACUUGUACUGGUUUUCUACAGGGUAAUUUUGAAGGAUAAUUUUUAUACAAUGAGUAUAAAGUCAGAUUUAAAAAUAUGAAACUGCAUUUUAAUUGUUUUGUUUGGAAACACAGUAGAUACCAAGUGACCAAAAAAUCGACUAGAUUUGACCGUGAGUUCAGAGAUUAGGAACAGGCGCAGAAAAAUUUGGCAACGAAUAAAAUCUACCUAGUAGACUUCGAUUUUUUUUGUAUAUUUUCGGUAUUUUCUGAGCAUGGGAAAUUGGAAAUAAUGAAAAUAUUGUUGAAAUUUUUGUCAAUAAAUUUAUUGUACGAAUUGAUAAUAAAAAGUAGCUGCUUCUUCUAUCGAA